AUGGGAGGAUAUCGUUCCAUGUGGCAUGCACUCUGUAUUAGUGGCCAUCAAGUACCACGUAAUGUGGUUGAGCAACUAAUGAGAGAACUUGACCCUGAAGGAUGCCAAAUCAGGAAAGCAAGGCGCUUACGCAGAAGGACAUAUCAGGUGCCUGGUCCCAACCAUUGCUGGCACACUGAUGGGUAUGAUAAACUGAAGCCAUAUGGUUUCCCCAUCCACGGCUGCAUAGAUGGAUGGAGCAGAAAAAUUAUUUGGUUUCGUGUUGCAAGAUCCAAUAACAACCCAAUAGUUCCUGGACUGUUCUAUGUUGAAAGUGUGGCAGAAUAUGGCUGUCCUGUGAAAUUGCGAUCAGACUGUGGAACAGAGAAUGGCGUUAUGGCUGCAUUGCAGUGCGAAUUUCGCUCCUCCUCAGAUGCCCAUUUUUUGGAACAUCCCCAGCUAACCAGAGAAUUGAAUCCUGGUGGUCACAAUUGA